AUGUCCACUGGCGCACCAUCAUCAACGGGCUAUGAGCUGUCAAAACUUCCAUUUCUCUUGUCCUUCAAGGACGUCAAUGAGCAAAUCAAGACAAACCUCGACAGCGGCCUGUCAAAGGCAGAGGUUGAUUCGCGACUCAAAGUUUUUGGCAAAAAUGAGCUCGAAGGCGACAAUGGCGUCAGUCUUGGUGCCGUGAUUCUCGGACAAGUUGUCAACUCCAUGGUUUUGGUGCUCAUCAUUGCCAUGGUCGUGUCCUUUGCCGUAAAAGACUGGAUUUCUGGCGGUGUGAUUGCUGCCGUUAUUGCCAUCAACAUUGUGGUUGGUACUUAUCAAGAGUACCAAGCUGCCAAAACCAUGGACUCUCUCAAAUCUCUCGGUACACCCUCGGCUCAUUGUAUUCGAGAUGGGCAAGAUGCUACGGUCCCCUCGCAGGACGUGGUGCCUGGCGACAUUGUUAUUAUCAAGACAGGCGACACGGUUCCUGCUGAUUUGCGCUUGUUCGAGACCAUGAACCUCGAGACUGACGAGGCCUUGCUCACUGGUGAAGCUUUGCCUGUCGCCAAGGACGAGCAUGUAAUUUACGAUUCUGACGAGACACCUGUCGGCGACCGUCUCAACCUUGUCUUUUCUUCCUCAACCGUCACAAAGGGUCGUGGAAAGGGUAUUGUCAUUGCAACAGGCAUGAAGACUGAGAUUGGUGGCAUCGCUGCUUCGAUGCGCGACAAGCCUCGAAAAGUUCGCAAGCCCAAAACGCGCGAGGACGGUACCAUUGCUUGGUACUCUUGGCCGAUCGCUUAUGGUCUUUCAUUGGGCGAUAUUGUUGGUCGAUUUCUCGGUGUCAACGUCGGUACACCUCUUCAGCGCAAGCUUUCGCAACUUGCUGUGUUGCUCUUCUUCGUGGCAGUCGUAUUUGCUGUUGUGGUGGAGGCUGCCAACGCCUUUGACGACCAAGCUGAUGUUGUCGUCUACGCUGUUGCCACGGGUGUUGCUAUGAUCCCUGCUUCUUUGGUUGUCGUCCUCACCAUUACCAUGUCCGUUGGCACACAAAUCAUGGUCAAGCGAAAUGUCAUUGUUCGCAAUCUGGACUCUCUCGAAGCGUUGGGUGGUGUUACUGAUGUCUGUUCCGACAAGACUGGUACAUUGACACAGGGCAAGAUGAUUGUCAAGCGUGCUUGGAUUCCCUCCACUGGUACCUUUUCUGUUGGUCCUUCCGACAACCCCAUUGACCCGACUCAGGGAUCAGUCACGCGAUCCGACAAGGCACCUUCUGACAUGGACAACAAGAUUUCUGAAAAAAUUGAAUCUGACGAGUCCAAUGCACUCGACAUGGAGAAGCCCGAAGGUCUCGAGCAUUUCCUCAACAUUGGUGCUUUGUGCAACCUUGCACAAAUCAAGAAGAACGAUGAAGGUGUAUACAAGGCUACGGGAGAUCCUACUGAAAUUGCCAUCCAGGUAUUUGCGCACCGUUUCGACUGGGGCCGCCCACGAUGGGUAUCUGGUGACCAGCCAAAGUGGCAUGAAGUGGCUGAAUUCCCCUUUGAUUCGGACGUCAAGCGCAUGUCUGUUGUUUAUCGCAACAAUGAAACUGAACAGCACAGUGUCUUUGCCAAGGGUGCCGUUGAGCGUGUCUUGGAGACUUGCACAACGGCCUUGUCUGCUGAAGGUUCUGUUGACUUUGAUGAGGAUUUCAAGGAGCGUACACUCAAGAACAUGGAGGCACUUGCGAGCCAAGGUUUGCGUGUGCUCGCGCUUGCUCAACGUCCAUUCGAGUCUUCUGGUGUCGACUUUGACAAGCUCGAGCGUGCUGAAGUGGAGAAGGAUUUACAAUUCAUUGGUCUCGUGGGACUCUAUGACCCACCUCGCGAACAGUCUGGUCCAGCUGUGCGCAAGUGUCACAAAGCUGGCAUCAACGUCCACAUGCUCACAGGCGACCACCCUGGUACUGCUCGUGCGAUUGCUAUACAAGUCAGCAUCUUGCCCAAAAAGAUGAGUUCCAUGCCGGCAGAUGUUGUUUCAGCCAUGGUCAUGACGGGCGCUCAGUUUGACAGGCUUUCUGAGGAUGAGAUUGACAACUUGCCUGUUUUGCCACUUGUCAUUGCUCGAUGUGCGCCACAGACCAAAGUGCGCAUGAUUGAAGCACUUCACAGACGCAAGGCAUUCGCUGCGAUGACGGGCGACGGUGUCAAUGACUCUCCUUCGCUUAAGCGCGCAGAUGUUGGUAUUGCCAUGGGCAUGAACGGAUCGGAUGUUGCAAAGGACGCCUCAGACAUUGUGCUCUCGGAUGACAACUUUGCCAGUAUCCUCAACGCCAUUGAAGAAGGGCGCCGCAUCUUUGACAACAUCAAAAAGUUUGUGCUGCACUUGCUUGCUGGUAAUAUUGGUCAGGCAUUGACGCUCCUCAUUGGUUUGGUCUUCCUCGACCAGCAAGACCGUUCUGUGUUCCCACUUUCGCCAGUCGAGAUUCUUUGGAUUAUCAUGAUCACAUCCUCGUUCCCUGCCAUGGGUCUUGGUAUGGAGGAAGCGACCCCUGAUGUGAUGGACCGUGAGCCUCACGACACAAAGACUGGUGUGUUCACAUGGGAAGUCAUUCUCGACAUGUUUGUCUAUGGCUUCAUCAUUGGCGCGCUUUGUGUCGUUUCCUUCGUCAUUGUCGUUUAUGGCUGGUUUGACGGCUUUUUGGGUCUUGGUGGCGCGCAAAACUGCAAUGCUGGCUACAACUUUGGUUGCGAGGCAGUCUUCCGUGGUCGUACAACAGUCUUUGUCAUUAUGACAUGGGGUUUGUUAUUGCUCGCCUUUGAGAUGAUUGAUAUGCGACGAUCGGCGUUUGCCCUCAAGCCUCGUCGCGGACGCAAUGCCUUUGUCGCUAUCGGUCAGGACUGGUAUAAGAACAGAUUCUUGUUUUGGUCUGUCAUCUUGGGUGCUAUCUCUGUUGUGCCAGUCAUCUACAUCCCAGUCAUCAACACGGAUGCCUUUAGGCACACUGGUAUUGGCUGGGAAUGGGGUCUCUGCUUUGCAUUCUCCAUCUUGUACAUUGCAUGCAUGGAAGCUUGGAAGUGGGGCAAGCGCAUCUACUAUCGUCGCAAGGCUGCCAGGGCUCAAGAUGGUGAGCAAGAGGCAGGCCAAGAGAAGCACUUCCAACGCUACAUCUCCAUGUCAAGGAGUGAAUACACUUCACGAGCGACGACGCAGUGA